UAUGACAACGUCACUAUUUUUGACGAAUUUGAAGAUGAGGAACGCAAAGCCCUCAUCAAGUCGAUGAUAGAUGCCGGUUCCUUGAUGUCCCAACUGCAUCGUCAUAACUUUUUCCUGCUGUGGUUUAGUAACAUCAAGGUACUCAGAACCCUUGCGGCGGCAUCUAACCCAUUUAAGGCGUUGAUCAGGGAGAUAUUUGGGCAGUGGAUUCCUGCAGAAGAUUUUCCUGGAAUUUGUAAGUACACCAAAGAGCGCGAACCUGUGCCGGAACAAGCUGCACGCGAAGAUUCGGCGCGUAGUAAAGUAGCUAGGGAUACCGCCUUGGGUCGAGAUGGGAAUGAAUGUGUUCUCACGAAGUUUCGUGUAUAUGGGUUACACGUAUCCCAUAUCGUUCCGUUCAAGGUGGACAAUACUCCCCGAGAGCGAGAAUGGAACUGGUUCAAAGUGUUCUGGGGCGAAGAGCGAGUCGAUAAGUGGCGAGAGGCAAUUAUGACUGGCAAGGGUCAUGAAGCCACAAUGGACACUGAGCGAGUGGAAAAUCUCAUAUCUUUCAACCUCCAAGUCCAUCUCUGGUGGGAGGAUUCUCUAUUUGCUCUUCGUCCUAUUUCAAUCAACCAGGACAAGACCUCUAUGGACGUUGCUUUCCACUGGUUGCCUGCUCCUGAGCAUAUCAAGAGCAAGGCUUCUGACCUUGUCGCAACGCUGGAGCACCCAUUCCCCCACGGGGCCGACAGCUUUAAGGAAAGCCCAGGAGGGAACGUCUGUCUGAUGCAUGGUGAGACGAGAUCCAUCAUACUCUCCGGACACAUUUUCACCAUUACAACCGAUGACCCAGUGCACAAACCACUACCAUCGAAAGAGUUGUUGGACUUGCAAUGGUUUCUACGUCGGAUUGUAGCGAUGCGCGGAGCGACAGAUGAUGAGGAUAGUGACUUCGAUUCCGACAAUGAAACUGUUUCUAAUACCCACCCGGUCAUCUUGUUCAUCUCAUUCACCUACAAUAGAGUCGGCCGAGUUUUCUUUUCCCAUAGUAUUGGAGAGGAGCCCACCCGCGCUGCUCUCCAAAUCGUGACCAAGCUUGGCGAUGCCGCCCCUGGUGAUAAUGAUAUCACCCGUGCCCGUUCUGCUCUCGGCCUCCUUGACAUGCUCUCCCAGAGCUUGCCUCUUAGCCAUGGCGUUGCCCCCUUGCUCAACGCGCUGAGUCAGUACUUUAGCAACCCCGACCCUAACUACCGUCACGCUGGUAUCAUGGCAAUUGGCAUGGCGUGGGGGUCAGAUUCUCGAACUUGGUAG